GACGGCCCGCGGCCCGUGUGCAGAGCCGGGUGCGCCCGGCACAGUCAGUGCGCGCGGUCGGGUGUUUUGCCUGGAGCCGCGAGUGACUCAGCGCGGGGCGUGUGCAGGCAGCGCCCGGCCGGGGCGGGGCUUUUGCACUCGUCCCGGCUCUUUCUAGCUAUAAACACUGCUUGGCGCGCUGCUCUCCACCACGCCUCCUCCAAGUCCCAGCGAGUCCGCGUGCAACCUGUCCUGACUCUAGCCGCCUCUUCAGCUCGCCAUGGAUCCCAACUGCUCCUGCGCCGCCGGUGACUCCUGCACCUGCGCCGGCUCCUGCAAAUGCAAAGAGUGCAAGUGCACCUCCUGCAAGAAAAGCUGCUGCUCCUGCUGCCCUGUGGGCUGUGCCAAGUGUGCCCAGGGCUGCAUCUGCAAAGGGGCGUCGGACAAGUGCAGCUGCUGCGCCUGAUGCUGGGACAGCCCUGCUCCCAGAUGUAAAUAACGCGACGUCUACAAACCUGGAUUUUUAAUGUACAACCCUGACCCUGACCGUUUGCUGUAUUCCUUUUUCUAUGAAAUAAUGUGAAUGAUAAUAAAACCACUUUGACUUGA